AAUUUAUGACCGCGCUGUGGUUUUUUCGUUUUGUGGCGUCGGUUUUUAUGUUUUUUAAGUAAAUGUUAAAAAAGCAGCAUUACUAUUACAAUAAUAAUCAUUCGUCAACAAAUAAAACCGAAAUAAAAGUGAUUCCAAAAGAAAGUUUAACGGCAAAAAGGCGCAGCGAAAAAAGAAAUCCAGGCCCAGCAUCCUUCAGCCUGCCUCUUCUUCUUCUCCUUUUGCAUUCCUUUUCGCCGCGUGUGUAUUGGUGUGUCCAUGUGUGCAUGAAAAUUGUGUUAAAUAAAUGUAUUAUUCCAGCUGCCAACAACAAAUUGAUGCCAAAAAUAUAUAAAAAAUUCACAACUGUGUGCGCGUGUGUGUUAAAUUAGCACUCCCGACUUGCUGUCUCUCACGCUCCAACUUUGUUUGUUAACUGUUACCCAAAAAUGGGUGCGAGUGCGUGUGUUUCUUUUGGAAAUUAAUUUAAUAAAAAACACCAAAGUUGCGUGUUUUUUUUCGGGAAGGAUAAUAAAUGGCAGACAAAUGAAGAGGCAGCACGGCGAACAACAAACAGCCACUUGGAUCUGGAGUUAAAUGGCCAAGGCACGCAGAAAACGCUUCCGUUUGAGGUGUCCGGAAAUAGAAUUAGAUACAAUCACAAGCCUUUAGGAUGGACAAGCGAUCGUUGUGCCUGCUGGUCAUCUGCAUCAAUGUGUGCCUGGUCAUUUGGCUGGUCAGUGUGCAGCAGCCGCCGAUGUUGGAGGCGGAAAUGUCAGCGGAUUUUAGCGGCACAGGUGGCAGCAUCAGUAGCAUCAGCAGCAGCACCACCACACAACCGCCAACGGGGAGGAGGAGCCGGGGAAAUCUGAGCAAACCAAACCAAAUAAUACACCACCAGCCUAGUCGCACACCUAGUAAUAACGAUAGUAGCCUAGUAAGCAACACAUACCUGGCCACGCCCCCGCCGCCGAUGGCUUCGCAAACGCCCGCCCCCCCUGGCAGCAGUAUGCACCUGAUGGAUCUGCCCAAUUUCGCCUAUCUGAUGGAUCAGCCCGCCUGUGAUAAGGAUGUGCGGGUGCUGAUAUUGGUCCAUUCGGCAGUGAGGAAUAUUGACAAGCGGCGGAUCAUCCGGGAAACGUGGGCGGAUCGCAGCUACAUAGAUCGGACCCCGCUCAGGGUCAUCUUUCUGGUGGGCGGAGUGGGCGAGAAUGCAGAGAGAUGGCAACAGUUUCUGGGACGCGAGAACCACCAGCACGGCGAUCUCAUCCAGGGCAACUUCAACGAUGCCUACCGCAACAUGACCUACAAGCAUGUGAUGGCCCUCAAGUGGUUCAACGAGAAGUGUGCCCACGCCCAGCUGCUGGUCAAAGUGGACGACGAUGUGUUCAUGAACACGCCGCAGCUGGUCAAGUACCUGGCCACUCCCUCGCUGCCGGAGCACUCGAUGCUCCUCGAUCCGGACCUCCUGCUCUGCCGGUCCGUGAAUCGGUCGAGGGUCAAGCGGACAUAUCGGUCCAAGUGGCGGGUGACCUACAAGGAGUACCCGAACCGCUUCUACCCGGAAUACUGCCCCGGGAUGGCCAUCGUCUAUGCACCGGAUGUGGUGCAUCGACUGUACGAGGCGGCGCAAAAGUCCAAAUACUUCUGGGUGGACGACGUCCUAAUCACCGGCAUCCUGGCCGAGGAGACGGGCACCAAGAUCACCAAGCUGAAAUAUUAUCUCGAGCAGAAGGACGUUCGCAGGCUGCUCAGCGGUGGGGCUGAUCUCGAAGAGCCCCCGUUCCUCUUCACCAAUCACGCCAUUCUGCCGGACGAGAGCAUGGCCAUUUGGCAGAUGGCGCUGGACAGGAUCCAGAGACCACUACUCACGCAUCCCGCCUCCUCAUCCGCAUCCGCAUCCUACGCUUCCAAAUCCGCACCAAUUGUGCCAAGUGGGAACAUUUCCGAGGCGCAGGAAAGCACUGGCCUCAGCUAGUUUGACUGGCGAACACUCAAUGGAUUACGUUUAGUUUCUUUGGCUGUUCAGUUUUAGGGUUUCGUUUAGCUUAAGUUUUUAGUUCGUAGUUAUCCAUAAUGUUAACUGAUUAACGAUAGGUAGCAUUUUUUGUCGGGACGAACACACAAGUCAAGUGAACCACCAACCACCUGCCCACAAUCACUCGUAUCAUAUGAACCGUAACUUAUCUAAGGAUCCUACUGAUAGUCAUGUACAACCAAUGCGAAUCGCUCACCAACAAAGAGAAAUAGAAAACCAGAAAAGUCAAGCACCACACGAACACCAAAAUUCAUAAACAACAGCAACGAUAAAAUGAGCGCAAUACAUUAGGCACAACUCUUAAGUCGUAAGAAAACUACAAUAGUAAUUAAUAAACUACAAGAAUAAAAUAAUAUGAGAAAGCUAAAAACAAAGCAGAAAAACUGAGGAUUCAAGUGUGUAGUGAAAUCAGUGAAUAACCAAACCAAAUAUUGAAUUCAACGUGGGCCGCAUGACAACGGACGGGAAGUAUUUAUUAAAAUAUAUAUAUAUAUAUAUAUAUGUACGUAGGGACGAAAGAAUUGCGGAUCGAGGCCGUGCUUACAUAAUACUUAACUAUUUUUUGUAAAUGUAUCUAUUUUGUAGCUGUCCAUCUCUCUGUAUCGUUUCGAUCCUAGUAUUCCAGCAAUGCCAACGGAUGGAGAUUCUGAAUCUGCGUAUGCGCAUACAUUUAUACGGAUAUUCUUAACGAAAUUAAAAUAACAUAAGUGGGAACAGAAAUGCCAGGGACGUUAACAUGAAAUAUCAAAACAAAAACAUUAGCAAAUUGAACGGUCCGAGAACGAUAAAAACGAUAAACGAACGAAAAUUGUAACAAAUGAAAUUUAUAAAUGUGUAAUGAAAUUAAUUAAAUGUUCAAGUUUGUCAGAAAUUAUAUGAAAAUCAUUUCAAAAUACAAAUCACAAACGA